AAAAUAUAAAACGUGCACAGUAGGCAGCGCUUCAUUCUCUUCUUCUUCAUAGCAAAGCGGCGGAGGAAAAGGCACAAAUCACCACGGCCUUCCGCCGCCUUCCCGAUUUAUAGCUCCGUCCAGCUUCGAAAGCUACUACUCUCUUCUUCUUCAUAACAAGAGCGGCGGAGGAAAGCAACUCAACCUGACGUCUCUGCAGUCAUCUCCUCGCCUUCUGCCCACCAACUGCUUGAUAGAUUGUUCCAAUGAAAAGAAACAUGCCUAAAUUACUGGCUACUAAGAUGGUUGCUUAGAUUCUUCACUUACUACGACCAGAUGGCGUCAAAAUUAACGGUAAGACCGCCUUACGAGGCGGAGAGCUCGCUCGAGAUCACACUACGCCAGGCAUUCUAUUGUCUCGAGCCUCAGCUUAGGCCCCCUUUUCCUCUCACCAUCCCAACUCAAGAACAGUACUCGCUGCUCAACAAAGCCAUUAUCUACGCUAUCUUAUCCGAACCCCACCUCCGUAAAAUCCACAUUAAGCAUUUACACGGUGUUAUCACUGAUGGAUACGGCUACUUCACCAGCAUUCUUGCUAUAAUUGUGAAUGAAAUAUAUGGGAAGUUGGUCGAUUCUGCAAAAAGGCAGCUUCUUUGGAUUACCCGUGAGAUGGUUGAUGUGGCAGCGGUUGGGUUUACUGAUUUACUAGGUAGCCUUCUGCGGCAGAUUGUUGCUGGGGAUUCUAGUGAGGAUAAUCUGUGGUUGUGUAACGAAAUGGUCACUCUUUUCUCCUGCAAAUGGGAUUGCCUUCUUCAAGAAGGCUCUUCGGGUUUGACUGCUGCUUUGUAUGUGUUUCUGAGGUUGCUGUCUGAUCACUGCAGGGUAUCGAUAUCGAAUGCUCCAAAGUUUGAAUCUUUAAUCAAAUUGGAGAAGGAUUUUUGUGUGAAGAUGUUAAGGGAGAAAUUCGGCUUGUGUUUGAGGAUUGGGAGGGAUCUUGUUAGGCUUUUGCAGGAUUUGGUUCAUGUUCCGGAGUUUCGGGCCAUAUGGAGGGACUUGUUGUAUGCCCCUAGCGUUUUUGGAGUUGAUGAGUUUUUGGAUAUAUCAAUGCUGUAUUAUACAAUGACUCCAAAAUGGUUUUUUUUGCUUAGGGUGAGUCCACAAAUGGAGUCUCAGUUGAGGUUUCUGCUGACUCAUGUGGAACAUGGUAGCCAAUUGAGGUAUCAGGAUUGGUUUACAAAGAAGUUUCUUAGUACACCUGAGAAAAAUGCAGUCUUGAUUGAUUUAGUGAGGUUUAUAUGCUGUGCUCACCAUCCAUCUAAUGAUAUUAUUCAUUCAGAUAUCAUCCAAAGAUGGGCUGUGAUAGGUUGGCUACUGAAGUCCAGCAUGAAAAACUACAUUACAGCAAAUAUGAAGCUUGCGUUAUUUUACGAUUGGCUGUUUUUCAAUGAGAAGUUAGAUACUGUUAUGGAUAUCGAGCCUGCACUUUUGUUGAUGGUGCAUUCUAUCCCUGAAUAUAUUGACAUUACAAAUUCUCUGCUUGAGUUUCUCUUUCUUUUAUUGGAUAAUUAUGAUCUUGAGAGGAAGGAGAUUGUGCUUCGUGGAGUAUCAACUUCUUUGCAUACACUUGUUAGGAAAGGCGUUGUUCAGUCGUUAGAAGUGUUAACUAGAUGUGAUAAGCUUUCUCCGAAUCUUAAGGAAAGACUUGCAGAAUUGCUCUCGGGGUGUUCUGGCUUUGUAGAUAAUUCCAGAAUACCAACUUCUCAGAUGCUGUAGUCUGCCUUCGUUUUUCUUCAUCUGGAGUGCCAAACAUCGUUAACCGGCCUUCACAAGAAGCUCUUUUUAGCAGUUGAGGUAGAACUACUAUUUAACAGUAUCAGCGGUUUAUUUAUCCGGUACUUGUACUUGGCUGUUGGCACAAACAUCUGCUGCAUUUCUCUGUGAGCCUGUAGUUGGAGACCUUAACUUUGAAUACAAGUUUCCGGAUCGGAGAGGUUCAGGACAUGACUGAUAAUUGUAAUACUCUUUGAUUCUUUUUUGUGACUCUCUGUUUCACUUCUAUGGUUCCAAUAGAAUCAAAUUAUUCUGAUGAAAAACUAUGUCUGUUUCUAAAAUGAAAUUAUUGCUCUGUGAAUUGUUAGGCCUUCGUUUGCUGGAAUGUGGUUGCAAGUUUACUUAUGACAUACCAGAUUAAAGCCUUAAUUUACUUCCUAUUACUCCAAAGAUUAAUAAGAAACUAUUAGCUGAUUGGAUUGACAACUUUUUAUUUUUUAAAAUAGGAUCAAUAAUUGUUCCCUAUCUACCCCAUGAUGACGUGAACCCCUAACCUAUUAGAUAGAGGAGAAUCAUCUUACUAACUAAGCUGCGCUUUAUCGUCACUUUCAUCACUUUUGGGUUGACGACUUGACUUCUCAGAUCUUCUACUUUGUCUAUGUACUUCAAAUUUGACUGGAUUGUACUAGGUGAUGAUGAAUUCUUUAAUUAUUUCCACUGUCCAAACAAAAAUAAUAAAGAAAAUAGAAUGGAUAAAUUAGAGGACAGAGGCAAGAAUAAGGUGAGAAAAUAAAGUGUGAAGUGAGUGUAAAAAGAAUAGCUGCUUUAAUGAUUCUUCAUAUCUUCUUCUGUCAUGAAAUUGAACAAGACUUCACCUUAUUUUAAGCAUUAUUUUCUGUCUUUUUUUCCUCUUUCCAACUGCCUCAAGUUUUAGAUAUUCGUCGCUUAGUAGUCAACUCUAAUGUAUCAGUUUGAGGCUUAAAUUUUGGAACUGCAUAUGUAUGAAUGUUGAGAGUUACUGUUUUUCGAGAGCUUUGGAGAUCCACUGUUCUCGGGUUUUCAGCAGGCUUCACCAUGGAAGGCUACAUGUUCAUCAAUCUAACUGUGUGUAUCAUAGCUCCGGUAUGAGUUUCAAGGUGAUUUUUGAAUCUAUUUCUUGAUUUCAUCUUUGGUAUUUCAAGAUUUUCUGUUUUUAUGUAAGAUGUAUAUGACACUCUUAAUCCUAACAGACUUUGCAUGUGAAAACUCAAAAGUUAGACAUUCUUGAAUGUCUAAUUUAUAAUCGAAUGACACCAGGGGCAUAUAGUCUGUUGUCUGUCACUGGGGAUUUUAAUCAGGUAUGUGGGUCCAAAUCCAAUCUACAAAAAUAAAGAGUUUUUGCUUAGCUUUUAAAUCAUGAUACUGUUUUAACAGUAUAUGCAAUAAUUUGAGGCAAGCUCACAGAAAAGGGCAUGCUUCACUGCCUUCUCCAUUACAUAUCAGCAGCUCAGAAAAAACCGCCCAUUCUGUUUCGUGCUUUUUAAUUUACACAAUGAAGAGCUCUGGAGAUUUAGCUGUCUUCUACUAUAGACUCCAACACGCUGUGUAUGCCUACAUAUCACCAUAAAUUAGAACAAGGGAACAUUCAAGAGCUAAAACAUUGAGUUUCUCGUAUUUCUUCUGACUGGAGAGGUGCUUAUUUUGUUUACGUUUUCAUAUAUGUCAACUGUGCAUUAUAUAACUUGCGGUCCUUCUCACCCUAAUACCGCUGCUACCUGUAUCAACGUUGCGGACGUCCAGGAAAUGUCCAUGUUGCCCUUGGAAAAAAAAACCAUUGGAGGAUUUCAUAGUGAGAGGAGGAUUUCACAGUAAAUGAUGGAAAUGUUGUAUUUGCUCUCGAAGUGACUGGAUUUCUUGCAUUAUCUCAGCCUGAUUUUCAAGGAUUAAUCUCAUGACGCUCGACAUUCCCAUCUGCAAAAUCAUCUCCAAACUUGAAAAACCUGCUGCACGUGCAAAUAAAGGAACACAAGGAACAUACAUACCUCUUGCACGUGGAAUUGCCUAAGUAUCUCUAAGUGAAGAUUUUGCAUAUCUCCGUGAAUAGAUUCUCGAAAUGAAGCUAGAGUUUCUUCAUCUACUGAAGAAUUUGGCUGUAAAGAAAUCUGGUGUAACGUCUGAUCAUCUCCUCCCUGCCACCAAGUCAUAUAUAUGAAACAUAUUGAAUUCAUGUGUAAUCCUUAAAAUGAUGAAUUGUUACUUACAUUUGGAGUGGUUGGUGUUGGUGGUUGAGAGUUUGACAAGAGGUUAUUGAGAAUGUCUUCCCUAGUUUCUGAUCCGGUUUUCUUGGAUUUAGGCGAGGCAUAAGGGGAGGAUCUUGGUUCACUGGUAGGAGUACUAUUUUCUUGGCCGUUGAUGCUUUUGGUAAGUACAGAAGACAAAACAGCUUCUGAAGUUUCUUUGGCGCGAAGACUAGGCAUCAGGCUAGGCUUUGCGAAACGAGAAGUUGCUGUUUUGGUGGAAUGACGCCGGUGGAUGAAUUUCUCUAGUGCUCUCUCACCUCCCCACCCUUUGCGUGGACCACCACUGCUAUUACGUGCGGCUGCCAGGUUAGAAGUCGAUUCUGACAACCUAUUCUCAACCUGCAACAUACGAGGAUUAUCUAUUUUCGAAAAGCUAACUUAAACAAGAAAAUGAAAGAAAAGAUAGGGAUAUAAACCUGUUUGGAUAAUGUUGUGUUGGAAAUUGGAUUCUCAUGGCUGGCUGCUUCCUCUGAAAGGCCAAAUCUUCGAGAAGGUAUAAGACGAUCGAUAUUUUUCUCCGGAGAAUCAUGACUCUCCCAUAAUAUAUCAAAAGAGGGUGUAAGUGGUUGAACUUCAGCAAUGGGAGAAAACACCUCCAUAUCAUCCAUAACAUUAUUAUGUGGUGCAUGCAAUCUUGCCAGAGUUGGAUUCAUUAACAAGCCGCUCAAACGAGGUUGUUCUGAACUCAUAAAGCCCGAUGUAGUAGAUGGAAGCGGGUCAGGCAUAAUGAUAAAAUCCCCUAAAUCACCAGCAAGAAGAACCGUCUCAUCUGUGCAAUUGCUUUUGUUGAAGGUUACAGGUUUUGACCUCUGCCAGCAAAUACUCGUGAUGGCCUGAUGCUGGUGCACGUUUGGAUCGUUAAGAAAACCUCAGAGAAAUGGAUGUAUAAAAGUUGCAAUAAUACUCUUAUGAAUCAAUCACACCUCAUAGGCAUCUACAACAGAUAGUGGUUGAGGCUUUGCCCGAACAUCAUAGAGUACAACCUGACCGGUGGUCGUAGCUGCUGCUAUGCUUAGUCCAUCAUCAGAGUAUGCUAAUGAACAAAACGGAGCCACAUGAUGUAUGCAAGAGGAUGGCUUCUUUGACCACCCUGUGUCAAAAGUGUAUAACUUCAUAUCUAGACCAACGCUACCAAUUAUCUGUCAUCACAGCCAUGUUCUUAGAGGCGAACAAUAGUCUCACUUGUGAAUAUUCGACACAGAUAUACCUUGUCGUUGGUUGGUGAAAAUGCAACUCCCGUAGCCGGUGCAGUGUGCUGCUUCCACCAAGAAACCUGUAAUUUGCGAACAAGAAAUUGAGUUUGGAAAAAAAAGAAGAAGAUUCCUUAAA